AUGGCAUGCACCAUGUCAUUGAACAAUGUGGAGCGAGAGAUGCAGUGCGUCACUCAUUGGUUUUCUGGGUGGAGCGUCCUACAAAAGCAGGAUUUUCAGAAAGACCUGCUUGAUAAACUGGUUCCAAACAAUAUAGACACCUUAUUUGACUCCAUGAAAUCAAUGGGGGUUAAGGAUAAACCUCCAAGCAUAUUUCAGUGCCAGAUAAAGCUGUUUUCAGACUGGUUUUCUCUGUGGACGGAUUCCGAACGUAACACAUUUUUACUGAAACUGCAAGUACUUGAUCCAGAUUUCGUUGCAAGCUUCAACAAAGAGGCAGAUCGGUUAAUGCAGCUAAAUUCUCCUUAA